AAAAAAAUUUUUUUUUACACGAUGUUAAAGCGUGGCCACGCCUUACUAAGGCGUGGCCACGCUUUAGUACGGCGUGGUCACGCAUUACGAAUACUCAUACCAUACGUUCAAACUGCACAGCCAUAUUAGGCAGUUUCAGAGAAGAAAGGUAAUUGUGUGCUAAUUAGAAAGUAUCGUGUUUUGUGAGCAAUUCAUGCAGUGGAAUCUGUGUUUUUUAUUCGUUUUAGACCGAUUCAAUUAGAAGGGGUCAUUGUUAUUUAAGGAAACGCGUGUUUUAGCACAUUGUGGCGUCGAGUCUAACACCAGUUGUGGACUUGUGAAGGUGCCUACACAUUGUGCGCGAAUGUGUCUGGUCGAGCACAGGAUUUCCAUAUGAGCGGGUUGCGACACUGGAGCUACGUGACGCUUUGCAAACUCAGUGAGGCCACAGAGGUAAACCCUUGUGACGCAUAACGCGCGAUUAACAGCCGUCAAAGCGGGUUGUGAGGCGAGCGGCGGCACGCAAAUGUGGCGAAUCUGUCGCUGAUAUGUAGUAGGCACCUUAAGAGCAAACACAUGUACACAAAAUGAAAAACCACAACUUCACAAAGCAACGAAUCAGGUGCACACACAAUGACAGGCGAACAUUAAGAGAUGUUCCUUUCCGUACAGCGGGGUUGUCACGGUAUUAAGUUUUCUGACCCACACGCAGAGCACAAACACACACAGGAAAACGGGUUAACAGGUUUAUUUAGGUUAGGGGACGGUGUGAGCGCAGCAGGGCCGGAGACAGAGCCCGAGGGACCGGAGCCGUGGAUGGCUGGAUCUGACGCACUAUCUGCGGGAGAGAUCAGAGAAUUAGAGCGGGGCAAGAGGAAAACGACGAUCAGCUGAUCGCGAUCUUGCCGUGCGCGUAGAGCGGACUGAAACCCGGGGGAAUUGAGGGAUCCAGGGAUGACGCGAGCCAGAGGGCUUGACUUGAGACGCCACCGGUCAAACUGCAGUCAUCUGCGGUAGAAAGAGGAAAAAAAGGCAGCAGACAGAGGCCUGACUGGCGCUGUCCUCACAAAGGUUAAGCCGGAUCAUUAGAAUGAAUAGCAAGGAGUGUGUGUGUGUGUGUGUGUGUGUGUGUGAGAGAGAGAAAGAGAGAGAGUGAGAGACAUUAUUUUGUCAACUCAUUUUAUUAAAACAUUGAUUUUGUUAUGUAUGUCCCUUAGGCUAGGUUUAUUUAUUUAUAUAGCACUUUUCCUGUGCGAAAUAACUCUGCUUUGUGCUACCGAUGUAUGAAAAGUGCUUUAUAAAAACAGUGUAAUUAAUUCAUUCAUUCAUUUGCUUAUAAAAGCCAUAUCACGCGAGAGAGGAUAAUGUAGGUUACUGUGACAUAAUUACAGCUGUGACGACAUUACAGUAGGCUACAACACCACUCUCUUAUGUAAGAUAUUGCUUUACUGUUGUGAAUUAGUCAAAAAUCAAAUUAGCAAUAAGCCUACAUUUAGGCCUGUGCAUAAUAAAAUGAUGACAAACUUUAUACUGUGAACUUGUUCAAAACUCUUUAUCCUCAUACAAACCUAUAUCAUACAGUCAUCCUCAAAAUAAUAUCCCCCAGAAAAAAUUUGAUUCAGAAUUACUAUUCAGAAUUUAACCUGAAUUUAACAAAAACUAAUAAAUAAAAAUGCACUAAAUUAUAAUUUAGUGAAAUAAGAUAAUGCCGUGCCAUGAACAGUGGACCUGUCAACAGGUGUAGAAGUCUUUUUGAACAUUUGAUUGCAGUGAUUCUAUCAAAGUGCACCUCAACAAAAUGUUAGCUUCAGAUCCCCAUUGGGCUUGUUUACUUGUUUAAUUUGUGUGUUUCUUUUUAAUAUGUCUUUUAAACAAAAUUCCGAAUCAAUGUCAUGGUUUUAAGAUAAUUUUUAUUUUUUAUUACUUUUGUUAAUUUUAACUUAUUUCACUGACUUCUAUUUUUUUCCUUCUUUAAUUAAAGGGUUUGAGUUAUUUGAAGGACAACUAUCUAGCCAUGGGAUGUGACAACUCUAAUCUUGUGUUUUGUUUUAGACGCAUUUGGGCUGUAUACGUACACUACAAGAUGGAGAGACAAAAGGACCCCUUGUUGGUGUUUCUGCAAGACCGUGGAACAAAUGAAGAAGUCUUAAGGAAACUUCAAAAUGAUAAGAUUGAUUCUUCUGUCAUUACACUGAUGUCAGAUGAAGAUCUGGCAACGUACAUCCCACAUUAUGGAGACAGAUUAGCAGCUGUCGCAUUCUGUCGCAUGAAUCACCGCCAAGAAUCAGCAGAAUCCAACAGAAAGGAGCUACUUGAAAAAAUAAGAGAAAAGUGCUGUGCUCCAGGUAGUAAGGCAGUUAAAAGAAUGCACACUUUCGAGAGACUGAGAGGAAAUAAAAAUGAAAAGAAAACUGCAAAGAGGGUAGAACUUGGGUGGAUGAAUUUCAAUGAGAAAGAAAAUAGCUUCAAACAGGUACGGAGUGUAAAAGGGGGAGGUACCCGGCAUAUCAGUGUGGACAGGCAAGCAAAAGUAAGUGACAUCCAAGAAAUGGCAGAGUCCCUGUUUUUCCCAAAUGGUGUCUGCAGGUCUUUGAAUCUGGCAGAUCAUGUUUGCAGUAUCCAUGACUUUGCACAAAAUGAAAUGGAUCCAGAUGUUACAGUUGAGGAUCUUUAUGAAAAAACCAAAGUGAAGCUACUCAGAUUGUACCUCUGUACCAAGAGGAAUGUUAAAGACGCAAAAAGUGUUUCCAAUAGUCAACAGUUGACAACCCUGGAAGUUGUGGAAGACUGCCCCCACAAUGGUAAAGAAGAUCAAGGAUCAGACCAAGAAGUCAUAAUUGACUUAUCUUUACUGCCAGACUCAGAUGUGUUUGACCUCAUGAAUCCACAAUCUGAAAUACUGAUCAUUGAAGAACCACCCAAUGUAGCGAUUGACAACAAAGUUGAGGAUGAAAUUGUAGUGUAUGAGGAAAUGGAACAAGACCAAGCAGUCCUUGAAGUCACAACAGAGUGUACAAGAACUGAUCAAGCAGAAGGCAGAGUCAUCGAUAUAGCACAAAGUUUGCCUGAAGUCCAUGACGCACAAAUGCAGUGUGUCACCUAUAGUGAUGAUGAAGUAACUGUUGGUAUGCCAUUUAGUGAUUCAGCUGAUUUAGAUGACACUCUGCCAUGGGAGCAGUCAAAGCCAAUGAUUGUUAUUGUGGUGCAACGUGGUAACUGUCUUUCUGACCUCUUAGCUGCUUUUCUUGACCCAGAUAUAAUGAACAAAGAAGUCCACAUUAAGAGGAAACUUCCUAAUGGAGAGCUGGAACAGGGUGAAGGCUCAGGGGUAGUGCGUGACUGCCUGUCAGAAUUCUGGGGAGAAUUCUACAGCAAAUGCACAUUAGGUGCAAAUGUGAAGACACCUUUCCUCAGGCACGAGUAUCAGGUUGAGGAAUGGCAAGCAAUUGCAAGAAUCCUAGUAACAGGUUGGAUAACUGUCAGAUAUUUCCCACUCCUUCUCCCACUACCAUUCUUGGAAGAAACCUUGUAUGGAACCAUUUACAGCAGUGUGACAGAGAGCUUCUUGCAAUAUGUUUCAAAAGAAGAGCGGGAAACCCUUGAGCUUGCACUGAAUUGCUUUGAAGCUGUUGACAAAGAUGACCUUGUUGAUGUGCUGGAUGCACAUGAUUGCCACCAGCGUGCCACCAAAGACAACAUUGCUAGACUAGUGUCACAAUUAGGGCACAAGACCUUAAUCCAGACACCAAUGUUUGUUAUUAAAAGCUGGAAGCCCAUCUUAAAAAUCCUGAAAGAUACUUUGUUUCCACACAAGCUUGUGGAAAUAACGGAGGAACGGAUCCCAACCCCAAAACGUGUUAAGCAGCUUCUGAAAUUUCCAGAAGAGAUGACAGCCAUUCAAAACAAUGUGGCCAGACAUCUGAAGAGGUACAUCGGGGAAUGUGACAAAGGCUUGUUAGAGGCUUUUCUGCGUUUCUGCACAGGGGCAGAUAUUCUCUUUGGGCAAAACAUCACUGUUCAGUUCAUAGAGACGACUAAAUUCCAGUGUCGACCUCAAGCUCAUACCUGUGGGUGUCUACUGAUGUUGCCUGUGAACUAUCAGAACUACCCAGACCUCCGCACUGAUUUUGACCUUGUUCUCAGAAGUGGAGUCUGGGUAAUGGACAUUAUCUAAAAACUGAUGGUUCAUUGAAUGUGAAGGAACAGCUCUCAAAUGAACAACUACCAUAUCAAGUGCUGCUUAAAAUCUGGCACCCCAGAACAGUAAAGCAAUUCUAUAUUUUGUUGGAUAUUUCUGUUAAAUGAGGAGUACAAAAUUGUUCUUGUUAAUCACACGUUGCCAAUGUUAAAUAGGUAAUGCAUUCUGAAUAAAUAAACAAUAGUUGCUCUUUUGCAUUCUGUUAACAAUUCAAGUCAGUUUUUGUAAGAGAAAUGUUGCAAAGUGGGAAUUCUCUUUGGUUUAGAUCUACUUUAAAACAAUACAGUUUAAAGAAUAACAAACUAUUGUUCUAGCAGUUAAUAACAUAUGAUUUAUAUAUGACAUUAUUUUAUUUUCUCAAGACUGCUUUUCUGCUGUCAUGUUCACUUAAAAAUAAACUUUUUUUGAGUAUGAUUUGUGUAUUCAUCCCAUUCUAAUAAAGUAGUUGCUGUUUUGAUAACAGAUUCAAUACAAAUCUUAGUAUCUUAAAACUUAACAGAAAGAUAGCAUCUGCUGCUGGUCUAUAAUGGUUUAGGCCCUCCUUACCCACCCAACUCCUAGGUCAUCAGGAUGUGGUCUUUUAUAAGUUCUCAGGGUCAAAAUCAGACAUGGAGAAGCUGUGUUCAGCCUUUAUGCUCCCCAUGUCUGGAGCAAACUCCCAGAAAGCCUCAGAUCAGCUGAAACACUCAGCUGAUUUAAAUCCAAGUUAAAGACCCACCUCUUCUCAGUUGCCUUUCCAUUGUUUUUAUUCAGGAAUGUUUCUUUUAAGAUAAGUCAUUAAUUUCUUGUUUUUAAUCUCAAAUCAUUCUUUUAACUGUUUUAUUCUCUGAUUUUUCCUGCACCCUGCUGUAAUUAUUUUAACGUUUUAUGACUGACUUGUCUAACAUGGAAUGUGAUAUAAAACUAAACUUACUUUAAAUGAAUACAUACUAAUAUAUACAUACUAUAGUAAUACAUACAUUACAAACACACAAACCAGUUUCACAAUGAACGGCAACUGAGUUGGAUAUUCUGUGGCAAUGUCUUUUUUGAUGAGAAACAAAAAAUUCCAAUUGUCUAGCUGAUUUGAACAAACAAAAUUUCCUGUGAAAUAAUGACAUCCUAAGCAAAUUAUGAUACAAUAUGUUUUUAUGUUAUAAUAACUUGAGUUACUUAGACCCAUGAAAUGUAUACAAGUAAUGUAUUCAUGUAAUGACAUGUAGACCCAUUCAGAUUUUCCAGGCAAGUUAAUCAAAAACAAUCGAAUGUAGAACCUCCCGUAUUCUAAGGUAAAAUUCUUGAGCUUGUGGUAUGUCUGUGGGGAAUGUAAGGCCUGACUCUGACAUGAUCACAUUACAGAGGUCAAACACAUCUUCGUCACAAGGAACGGUUGACAGGAACUUGCAUAACUGUUUAAAAGCAUUAAGAUUGUUGUGUGGAACAACAAAAUCUUCACAUUCCCACAGGUGUGGUGCAGUAUACAUCAGGUCAGGGAUGCCACUGGGUACAUUGGUAUUCUUUGUUGGCCUGAUACGGUGACUGUUCCACACAGCCUUGAUGUUAUCCAACUGUUCCUGACAGAAAAAAAAAAGAUAUAGAUUCAUUUCAGUUUCAUUACUUUUGCUUGCUUUUAUUAAGAAGGUUGCUAAGAAAGUAACCAGUUACUCUAUUGUGGACUUUAGGAGAAGGGGCCAGGAGGCAUGCAAAAGUCACAGUGCACAGUUUAUUACUGCAUUAUGUUGCAGUGCAUAUGUGCACAGCAACAUAUUAAAAUGUUUUUUAAGAAAA